AUGGAUAGUGAUGACGAUAAAUCUGUCUGUAUUGAUAGGGUUAGAUCAUUUGUUCUGGAUGCAGAGAAGGACCCUAUCAAGCAGAAGACGGUGCUGAGACUGGAGGCGAUGCCAAAAUUUACGAAGGAUCUAGACAAAGGGAAAGGUGUGGUGUUUGACUUUGACCUGAAUUCAGAGGCUCAAACAAAAGAUGAUGAUGGAGGAAAAGAGAAACUCAUGGGAUCAGCCAUUAGAGCUAACAAGAUGGCUAAUUCGUUCCAGCAGUGUGAAGAACGAGAUCUAAGGGAAGCAUUGAGCAGGAGCAGAUUGGAGGGAUCUUUUUCGACUACGUCUGACCCUAAAAUGAUCGUGCCUGUCAAAACCGUCCAGAAGCAGACUAGUUCUCUUUUGGUUGGCCACUCUACGGAAUAUGGUUCCACUUCUUCUGAAGCUAGACCAUCCGAGGGGCCCCAAAAUAGUACUAAGAUUCGAAGAAGACCUUAUAUUCGCAAAAGACAAGAGCAGAAGAAGCCCUCAGCUAACAUUCUUCGUGAACUUUAUGGGAGCGAAGCAGCGAAGGAGAGGAGUGGAGUUAAGAGAAAGGGGGUGGGGGAGGUUUUCUCGGAGGAAGAAAUCGCAAGGCGUAAGGAAGCAAGGGUGAUCCCCCAUGUGGGAUCGUCGACGUCUUAA